UCUUGAUAGAGGAAAGCGGCUUCUCGUUGGGUCAAAACAACAUGGUUCCCUCCGGUGGGCAACGUGAACGCAAACAAGCCGCUCACCUCUAAAACGACGAACACCGUCGCGUCCCCUGGAAUCGCCACCGGAGGCGGUGCACCGCGGCCCCCACGAUGGCGCUCCGAGUGUGCGCGCGGGUUCUCAGAGACUCCGCCGUCUUCUCCAGACCGGCCGUCGUCGCGUGCGCUCGACAGGAAAGUGCGUCAUGGUUCCUCACGACGGGAAACGCUGCCUGCAGCCUAGGGGGGAGGACCGGAUUUAUCUUCACUCCCGCUUGCUUUAUUACAUCAGAGGCAUUUCACCACAGACUGAUGAAAGGCAAAGCGGCCGAGGCAGACGGCAGUCUUUAUCGCCUUCCAGCCUCAGUUCCGCCGGACAGCGGCGAACAAUUAUCUUUAUUACUGAGACACCCAGAUCAGCCUGAAAACUCAAAGGUUUUGAAAGUGGCCUUAAUUGGGGCCCCAAAUGCCGGGAAGUCCACGUUGACCAAUCAGCUCCUUGGCAGAAAGGUGUUUGCCGUAUCCAAGAAAGUGCACACCACGCGGUCACGAGCCCUGGGUGUCCUCACAGAGGAAGAUACACAGAUAAUUUUACUGGACACUCCUGGUCUCACCACUGUAUCAAAAGUCAAAAGACACCAGCUGGAGAAGACUUUGCUCGUGGAUCCCUGGAACACGGUCAAAGAAGCCGACCUGAUGGUCGUCUUGGUGGACGUGGGGGACCGAUGGAUGUGCAGCAGGCUGGACUUCGAGGUGCUCAAAUGCCUGGCGCUGCACCCCCACAUCCCUGCAAUCCUGGUGCUCAAUAAGGUGGACCAGGUCAAGGCCAAGGACCGGCUGCUGGACAUCACAGCAGAGCUCACAUGUGGAAUGGUGAACGGUCAGCGAAUGCGCAUCAAGCCCGUGAUCAAGCCUCCAUGGGCCGAAAAGAGGCCCGACAGGGAUCCGGGACCCCCGCCCGCCGAGGACAGCGAGGGGCCCGAGGACAGCGCGGGGCCGAACUCUCUGCUGAGCAAAGAGCAGCUAAGGGCGCUGAAGAACCAGCAGGGCUGGCCUCACUUUAAGGACAUCUUCAUGCUUAGCGCUGUGGACAGCGAGGACGUGGAGACGCUGAAGACAUACUUUAUGGCCGGGGCCAAACCAGGACCGUGGCGGUACCACAGCGAGGUCCUGACUGACCAGGGUCCAGAGGAAGUCUGCACCAACAUCAUCAGGGAGAAGCUGCUGGAGUAUCUGCCCCAGGAGGUGCCCUAUUCAAUUACACAGUCGAUUGAACUCUGGCAAGAUGGAGAAGACGGCGAGCUGGUUAUUUCUGUGAAACUUAAUGCCAAGAAAGACACUCACAUGGGGAUGGUGAUCGGCCCAGCCGGCCAGAUGGUAGCGCGCAUCGCCCGAGAGGCCGGCGAUGACCUGAGCCGCGUCUUCCUGAGGGAAGUGAAGCUGAAGCUCUCCGUCAAGCUGAGGAAGUGAAGGGCGAUGGGAGGACUUUAAAUGGCCAAGAGGUGACUCCAGACGGCUCUUCUUUGUAUUUAUUUCUCCCUCCGCAAAGGACAGACCCAAAGAGUGGAACAGAGGAAAGGAUCUCAUCGUCAGACGUGGUGCUGUGAGGCGGCAUGCAUCCCACAGACCAGACUCCCACUGAGCUGGACCCGUUUAAAAGAACUCUAAUUGUGGACUUUCAGAUCCUACUGUCAUGCAGAAGACAUUAUUAAAGAUUUUUUGUAUGUUG